AUGGGUCGAACGAAACGCUCAAUCGAAGAGAUCGCAAACAAGUCCGACUCAGACGACGAUGACUACAGCGAUCACCCCAUCCGCUCCAGCCGCCGCUCAGGUUCAAAAACAAAGACAAAGAAAAAGGCCCGACCCACGAAGAAACGGGCCCGUCGCGGCUCAGACGACGAUAUCAUCUCCGACGGCGAUGAACUGAGUGAGCUUGACGAGCUUUCCUUUGAUGGCUCUGAUGAUGAGGAGGAGGACUUGAACGCGCCGAGAAACGCCAGAGGUGUCGUCGCCCGACGAGCAGCUACGAACAGACCGCUCUACAACGAGGACGAUUCGAGCAGUAUCGAGGACGAAGAUGAGGAUGAGGUUCCUUCGCCGCCGAAAAAGCGCAAGAGUACGGUCGUCAAGUUGAAGGUGGGAAGUGCGCUGAACAAUUUCACGGGAACACGGCGGACGACUCGACGGACCCGAGACCCUUCAGAAGACAUUUAUGCUUUAACGAAUUCGGGACGCCAUAUGCAGACGGUUGAAAGGGGCACGCAUAGUCCGGAGAUAGAGCGGGGCCGUCGUUCAUCGCGUGGUUCGAAGCGCGGUCCCGAGGCUGAGGAGGCAGACACGAAAAUGGAGGAUAUAGAAGUCAUCGAAGAGACUCUGACCGAAAUCAAGGCCUCGCAGCUGGAGGUCCUGGAAAGCGCCCCGGCUUCGUUCCAGGAAGGUGUGACGCAAGACGCAGGCGGAGACGAUCAAGGUUUUGUACCGGAAUCUGAGAAUGAAGAUGCAAAGGGCGAUGAGGAAGAAGAUGACGACGAUGAAGGUCCAAUCACGGGGAGGAGGACUAGGCCGACUCGGAGUCAAAAUGUGGAAGAAGAUGCUACACAGGCGGAUGGUGAGGACACACAACUCCGUCGCUCCAGUCGCAAAAAGCCAAAAUCUUCGCAACGGAACGACGAUGAAAGCGAUUUUGAGCCUGAUGCAGAGGAAUCCAAUGAUGAGGAUGAAAUUUCGCAGUCUGGAAAGUCGCAAGGCUCGCCACAAAAACCGAGCCAGGUUCGCGACGAGGACUAUGAAAGCUCAACCGGUCGACGCCCAGGCCUUCGUAAGCGUACCUCCCGAUCUCGUGGACAAUCCGAAGCUGCUGAUAUCGCGGAUGAGUUGGCCGAAGAGCUCGAAGAUCUCCGCGGAGGGCGUCCUCGUCGGCGUGUACGUGAAGAAAUCGUGUAUGAAAAGCCCCGACGCAGCCGGAAGGACGUUGAUUACCGCAUUAUCCGCCCCGACUUGAUCCUGCCGAUAGAAGAGGCCGAGAAUGAGGUUAAUGAGUCCCCCUCGCGCCGCGGCCGUGGUGGAGGCGCCAGCACCUGGCAGCGUACACUGUUCCCUACGUAUGGACCCUUUGGAGGUGGCGGGCCGUCGGCAAUACUGGGGCCACCAGGCGCACCUGCUGCGACCGGAGGCGUUGAUAGCGAUAGUAGCGACGAUGAAGGCAUGCAACACCCCAAGGGAUCAAUAUCAGGGCCCGCAGGCGGCCCCACGCCUCUUCCUGGUAUUCUGGCCCCUCAAACACACAGUGCCGACCCAGCGCAAAACCUAUCUGGCACACCAGCAAACCUUGGCCGUGUCAAAGAUAAGCAAGCCCUGGCUGAUGCAGACCCUCUGGGCGUUGACAUGAAUGUCAACUUUGAUAGCGUCGGAGGGUUGCAGGGCCACAUUGACCAGCUGAAGGAGAUGGUUUCACUGCCACUUUUGUACCCGGAGAUCUUCCAACGGUUCCAUAUUGUACCCCCUCGAGGUGUGCUCUUCCAUGGACCUCCUGGAACGGGUAAGACGCUGUUGGCUAGGGCAUUGGCGAACAGUGUCAGCUCUGAAGGGCGAAAGGUGACAUUUUACAUGAGAAAGGGAGCUGAUGCUCUCAGCAAGUGGGUGGGAGAAGCUGAACGUCAACUUCGUCUGCUCUUCGAGGAGGCUCGCAAGACCCAGCCGAGCAUCAUUUUCUUUGACGAGAUUGAUGGACUGGCUCCUGUCCGUUCAAGCAAACAGGAACAGAUCCAUGCGUCAAUCGUCUCCACUCUGCUGGCGUUGAUGGACGGUAUGGAUGGUCGUGGCCAAGUGAUCGUCAUUGGCGCUACAAAUCGACCGGACUCUAUAGAUCCUGCUCUCCGCCGUCCUGGCCGCUUCGACCGCGAGUUCUACUUCCCAUUACCAAAUACCGAAGGCCGGCGUGCUAUCCUAGAUAUCCACACCAAAGGCUGGGAUCCCGCCCUGCCCGGUCCAAUCAAAGACGAGCUUGCGGAGAUCACCAAGGGCUACGGAGGUGCCGAUUUGCGCGCUCUGUGCACGGAAGCCGCGCUCAACGCAGUUCAGAGGAGAUACCCUCAGAUCUACAAAUCCGACAAGAAGCUCAUCAUUGAUCCAAAAAUGAUUGAGGUCACGCCAAAGGACUUUAUGUUGGCGAUCAAGAAGAUGGUCCCGUCAUCGGAGCGUUCGACUUCGUCUGGUGCUUCACAAUUACCCAAGCCUAUCGAGCCAUUGCUACGGAAGCCGCUUGUUGAGCUCAAGAGUAUCUUGUCCGAAAUCCUUCCUCAGCGUAAGAGGCUCACCGCUCUGGAGGAGGCCCAGUUCGAAGAACCAGAAGAGUCCUCAAGGGGCUUCCAGCGUGAGCAGAUGCAGCAGGAAUUCGAGCGGUCCCGAGUCUUCCGGCCAAGACUACUACUGAGCGGGUCCCUGGGAAUGGGCCAGCAUUACCUAGCAGGCGCCUUGCUACACCACUUUGAGGGCCUGCACGUCCAGUCGUUUGAUCUACCGACACUGCUUAGCGACUCAACCCGGUCACCCGAAGCAGCUGUUAUCCAGCUUUUCGCAGAGGUCAAACGUCACAAGCCAAGUGUGAUUUACAUUCCUGGUUUGCAAAAUUGGUCUGAGACUGUCGGUCAGGCUGUGAUAUCAACGUUCCUGGGACUCCUCCGCUCUAUGCCUCCCACUGACCCGGUUCUGCUGCUUGGCAUCAUGGAGGCUCAUAGUGAGGAUAUGGAUACGGGGCUAGUGCGGAACCUCUUUGGCUACUCGAAGAGAAAUGUCUUUGAGCUUCAGGCGCCGGCGAAUGAGGCGCGGCACGAGUACUUUGCCAAGGUCAUUGACCUGAUCAAAGCCGCGCCCACACAUCUUCCUGACCCUGACAACCGGAAGAAGAGACAGCUUGAGGAGUUGGAAGUAGCACCGCCACCGCCACCAAAGGAGAAGACGCCUCUCUCGAAAGAACAGCUUAAGGCGCAAAAGAAGAAGGAUUACCAGACACUAAAUCUACUAAAGAUCCGCAUUCAGCCUAUCAUGGACCAGAUUAAAAAGUACAAGCGGUUCAGGACUGGCGUGAUCGAUGAGUCUCAGAUCCGGUAUCUGUGGGAAGAGGAAGACCCAAACAUUGUCACAAGCGAUCUGCCGAUCGAGCAGCGGACAACGUUCCGACCUUUUGAAAAGGCGUACGACAAGCACGGUGCUCCUGGCCUCAGGGAAACGGUGUCCGGGAAAUUCUUCUACAACAUGGAGAUCGUGACCAUUGAGAAGCGCCUCUCCAACGGUUACUACAAGCGGCCAAAGGACUUUUUGGCGGAUAUCAAACGACUAGCAAAGGAUGCGCGCCAGCUUAACGACCAGGAACGCUUGUUACGUGCAAACGAACUUUUAUCUAACGUCGAGGUGGAUAUCGCGACCAUUGAGCAAGCGGAGCCUGCUUUGGUUGCCGAGUGCGAAAACGUGUAUCUUCGAGAGCUUGAGCGCGAAAAGGCUGCGCUGGAGAAAGCGAGGGCUCAAGAGGAGGAAGGGAUCGCGGCCCGUGCGGCCAAUAGGGUACCCCAUGGGAAUACAGACUCAGAGCCCUCCAGUGGGCCAGUCGUCCUUGGUGCUUCGUUCCCAGAUAGUGGCCCUCAAGUUCCUGGCCGGCCCGUCACGCCAACGCGACGGUCGACAGUGAGCUUCAUGACAAAUGGAUACCAUCACAGUGGCGGUACAGAUUUGAACGAAUCGCAUCCAAGCAACCGAUCACACGAGUCUCAACCUGACGGAGACGGGGACCUGUACAUGACCAACUCCGACCACUCCGUUGGAAGAGAUACGCAGGCUAGUUCGUUCGGUCCUUCGGCCCAGCCUAAACCAGCCUAUUCUAUGACAGCCCCCUCCCAGCAAAUAAGACGGGAGUCUGGACUAUCUAGCUUCUCGCAAAAGGGACCAAUGACCCCGAUGGCCCCAGGAUCGCAGCCCGGUGACUACACAAAUGAAGCUUCUACCACGCAGACGACAUCGGACAAGAAGUCGUCUGAUCAAUCUUCCGUUCCGCAGCCUUAUACGCAGAGCCCGAUUGUGGUUCACGGCGGCAGACACGAUUACCCGGAUCUCUCCCAGUACCCUGAUCGAGUUUCACAAGAGGAGAUGCACCUUCCUGAUACGCAGCAGGGCGACAGUAGCCAACCGUCUCCCCCUCAACCCCGCGAUUCUUUGCCUGGGCAUCCAGACUUUGCUGGUCAAUCCCAGCAGAGAUCACAGCCCCCUGUCCCUCUUUUCGAAGCGACUUCCAGACAGCCCACCGGCCUGCAGUCUCUGCUCAAUCAUGAGGAUGAGCAGGCUACGUUGAUCAUCGAUCUCGACUAUGUACAGAAUCUGCACAAGGAGAUGACACAGCGCACGAGUGGUUGCUCAGUGGAACAGCUGGAACAGAUCAACACUGCAUUGAUGGACUUCCUCUGGCACACGCGCAGCGAAUGGAACCGCAGCAAGGUCGCGGCUGGGAUCCAAAACGCCUUUAACGAUGUCCUCGAGGAUAUGCAAGCUGUACAAGAGAUCGGACCGAUAAGCCAGAAGACAAAGGAGCAGCUGGGCUCGCUGUACCAGAUGUAA